ACCGGAAGAAGAGCUCGGUCGUUGGGGAGGGUCUUCCGGUUUCCUUCAGUGGGUGAAAGGUGGACGACAACUCAAGUGCCUUUUUUACCCCCUUUUCCAUUUGUUUUGUUUUAUUGUUGCCGCGGUUGUUUUCUUCGGAGUGGUCAUGCUUCCAAACAGCGGGAAGUUGGCAGGCCUCACCCUGUUCAUCACGGGCGCCAGCCGCGGCAUCGGCAAGUCCAUCGCCCUGAAAGCCGCCAGAGACGGCGCCAACGUGGUCAUCGCCGCCAAGACAGCGCAAGCUCACCCGAAGCUCCCUGGCACUAUCUACACCGCCGCGCAGGAGGUGGAGGAUGCGGGCGGGAAAGCUCUGCCGUGCGUGGUGGACAUCCGAGACGAGAAACAAGUUGAAGACGCCGUUCAGAAAGCCGUCGCCAAGUUUGGAGGCAUCGACAUCUUGGUGAACAACGCCAGCGCCAUCAACCUGACGGGAACUUUGGAAACGUCCAUGAAGAAGGUGGACCUCAUGCUGGGAAUCAACCUGAGAGGAACAUACAUGACGUCCAAGAUGGUCAUUCCUCACCUGCUCAAGAGUUCGUCCGCCCACAUCCUCAACUUGUCGCCGCCUCUCAACCUCAAUCCCAUCUGGUUCAAGAACCACACAGCGUACACCAUGGCCAAGUACGGCAUGUCCAUGUGCGUCCUGGGGAUGGCGGAAGAGUUCAGAGGUCAGAUCGCCGUCAACGCCCUUUGGCCAAGAACCGCGAUCCAGACGGCAGCCAUGGAUAUGUUGGGUGGCGCGGGCGUGGCCAAGCAGUGUCGUACGGUGGACAUUAUGGCGGACGCCGCCUACGCCAUCUUGACGCGGCCCAAAACCUUCACGGGCCACUUUGUGGUGGACGAGGACAUUCUGAGGGAGGAAGGGGUGCAAGACAUGGAUCAGUACGCUGUCCAGCCAGGUCACCCGCUUCUGCCCGACUUCUUCCUGGACGAAGCCCCCGAGGUGCUGGCCCAGCAGAUGGAACAACACGGGGCGACGCCCGCCUUCAAGCCGCCAUCCUCGUCGGCCACGCCUUCUCCCGGCGGCCCCAUCGAAAGCACGUUUGAAGUGAUCAGAGGCGUCCUCAAUGAAGAUCUGGUCAACUCCACGAAGGCGCUCUACCAGUUUGACCUUUCGGGAGAACACGCGGGUGUUUGGUUCCUGGACUUGAAGAGCGGCGCGGGCAGUACAGGGCGGGGCCAGCCGCACGCCAAGCCCGACGUCGUCAUGACCAUGGACUCGGCCGACUUCAGCAAAAUGUUUACAGGGAAGCUGAAGCCGACCCUGGCCUUCAUGUCUGGGAAACUUCGCAUCAAAGGCGACAUGGGGCUCGCCCUGAAGCUGGAGAAGAUGAUGGGCCGCAUGUCGAAGCUGUGAUGUCAUCAGGUAAAGAUGAUGUCAUCAUAUGAAUAAAAGUCAACACAAGAAGUAA